AUGACACCACAACUACCGGACAAGGCGGUGAGCAACCAAACAUCGUGGUUGGCUUGGAUCGAACUCGCCUGUGUUGUGCUGCUCAACAUGUCGAUCAAUUUAAGAUGGUUGACGUUUAGCCCUGUAGCAGCGCUUUCUGCUGCAUAUUUAAAUGUGAAUAUAUCUGCCAUUACUUGGCUUUCCAAUUGCGCUACUUUGAUCUACAUUGCCAUCUGUGUCAGCACAGGCUGGGCGUUUGAGAAAUACGGCAUGAAGACAUGUUUUUUGCUAGCUGCUGCUACCAACAUUCUAGGCUCCUGGAUCAGAUAUUUUGGCACAUUUGCACCCAUCAAUCAACGUUACCCAGUCAUCAUGCUUGGACAGUGCAUUGCAUCGAUUGCCGAACCAUUCAUCAUGAACAUUGGCACUCAUUUCGCUGCUGUUUGGUUUGCUACUCACCACAGAGUCACUGCCAAUACACUGCAAGCAUUGCCACUCGGCAUGAUUGUUGCUACAUUGUCCAUGCCUAAACUAGUGACAUCGCCUGAUGAUCUACCUCGAGCUCUUCUGAUCACGUCUUGUAUUUCCACAGCGUUUGGUAUCCCAUUCCUAUUCUUACCCUCUGGCCCCAAGGUGCCGCCCACUGAAAGUGCUACAGUGAGCCGCAUUACAUUCAGACAGAGUAUCAAGGUGAUGCUGAAGAGUAGAAACUAUCUGCUGUUGAUCUUUGUCUUUAGCAUCAAUUUUGCUAUGUUUGCGUCUAUUGUCUCCAUCACAAGUCUUAUCUUCACUCCUCAGGGCUAUAAUAAUGUGCAGGUGGGAUUGUUUAGUUUUGUCAGAAUUAUCAGUGGUGUAGGUGGUGCUAUUAUUGCUGGUAGAAUCACAGAUUGGACAGGUAGACAUGCGCUUGUCCUCAAAGUCGCUUGUGUCAUGACCGUGGUGACAACUGUGAUUCUGUAUGUUCAAGAUUUGGCAAAUUCCUACUCGUUUGUCAUGAUCUCUUGUUUUCUGAACGGCUUCUUUGUCUUUUUGAUCAUCCCUGUCUCGUUGGAAUUAGCAGCAGAAUGCACCUUCCCUGUUUCUGAAUCUGUCAGUGCCUCUGUUCUUUGGCUUGUGUCUCAAGUAAGCUCGUUUGUCACUACAUUCAUCAUGGAUGCAUUGCGUGCUGGUCCCAAUGCCAAUCCACCUCACAAUAUGAAGCACGCACUCAUCUAUGCCAUUGCCUUGGCCGGUUGUGGUGCCAUUCCUGCCUUAUUCCUUCGAUCUGAUUUGAAACGUAUCCACCGUGAUAGGCAUGCCGUUGAACAAGAGCCUCAAGGUCCAUCAUGUCCAGACAUUCAAGAACUGUCUAUUGUAUCAUUGCCAGAGAAGCAUGCCUAA